AUGCCAGCACCUCCAAUGAUCCCUGGCUGUCCGCCAGGUCUGGAGUAUCUCAGCCAGAUAGACCAGCUUUUAAUUCACCAGGGAGUUAAUCUAGUAGAAGUGAUUACUUGUUGUGUAGCAAACAGUAUGUUUGAAAUAAAAAACAGUAUGGGGCAGAAGGUAUACUCUGCCACAGAGGAAAACGAUUGCUGUAAUCGUAAUUGCUGUGGAGGAGACCGUUGCUUUAUCAUGACCAUUGCUGACAACACAGGCUGUGAAGUCAUGAAAUUAAUUCGUCCGUGCAGAUGUUCCUUAUGCUGUUGUCCCUGCUGCUUACAGAAACUUGAAGUGCAGGCUCCUCCAGGAGUCACAAUUGGCUAUGUAAAACAGGAAUGGCAUAUUUGCCUGCCAAAGUUUACCAUGCAGAACGAGAGAGAGGAAAACUUACUUAAAAUCUGUGGCCCAUGUGUCCCUUGCAGAUGUUGCACAGAUAUCAACUUUGAGCUGAUGACUUUAGAUGAAACCUCUACAAUUGGACACGUUUCCAAACAGUGGACAGGUAUUGUAAAGGAAGCCUUAACAGAUGCAGACAACUUUUGUGUUCGGUUUCCAAUGGACCUUGAUGUGAAAGUCAAAGCAGUCGUGAUUGCUGCCUGCUUCCUUAUUGAUUUCAUGUUCUUCGAAAACAGCCUAAAAAACAUAUCUCAAUUGUCUGUAGACAGUAUCGAAGCCACAUGGCUACAAGAGCUGAGGGCAUCACAAAAGUGCCUAACAUCUUCUUGUUCAAAGCAAGAGCAGGCACUCCAAGCAUCUUACCACGUAGCUCAUCGUAUUGCAGAAGACCUUAUCUUACCUGCCGCCAUUGAUAUGGCCAGAGAGGUCCUGGAUCAAUCUUCUGCAGAUAAAUUGAAGACAAUUCCACUAUCCAAUGACACGAUACGCAGGACGAUUCAAGAAAUGGAGGCAUUAGCAGCCAAGGAUAUGGUGCCAAUGCUUCACAAAACUUUGAAAGAUGCUGUCAAAGUGGUGAACUACAUUAAACGGAGCGCCAAGUAUGGCAGGUGUUUCCAGAAGCUGUGCAUAGACCUGGGCAGUGAACAUAGAGGACGCAGUUUAAGGACCACACAGCACAUCUGCUGGCACCCAGUAGCACGUCUUCCACUUAGCCACACAAUAAGGUCACUCUCAGGUAGUAAUAUGGCAAUACAAGCCGCAUGGACGCCAACUCAACCUACUAGCUGCCCCCCAGGGCUUGAAUGUCUGAUCCAGGCAGAUAGACUUCUAAUUCACCAACAACAUGAGUUUUUGGAAGCCAUCACCGGCUUCGAAACAAACAACUCAUAUGAAAUUAAAAACAACUUGGGUCAAAACAUCUAUUUUGCUGGAGAACAGAGUGAUUGCUGCAGUCGAUAUUUCUGUGGAUCUUUAAGGUCCUUCAUUAUGACUAUUGUUGAUAAUGCCAACCAGGAAGUAAUAAGAUUACUCAGACCACUCAGAUGUGAUUGUUGUUGUACUCCCUGCUGCCUGCAGAAACUUGAAGUACAGGCUCCCCCGGGAAUACCUGCUGGCUAUGUAAUACAAAACUGGCAUCCUUACCUGCCAAAAUUUACCAUUCAAAAUGAGAGAGGACAAAAUAUUCUGAAGAUCUCUGGACCAUGCAUUCUCUGUAGAUGUUGUUCAAAUAUUGACUUUGAGGUGAAGUCUCUUGAUGAGACCUAUAAUGUAGGACGGAUUUCCAAGCAGUGGUCGGGCUUUGGAAAUGAAAUGUUCACAGAUGUUGACAAUUUUGGAGUGCAGUUUCCUUUGGAUCUUGAUGUGAAAGUCAAAGCAGUGAUUCUGGGGGCCUGUUUUCUAAUUGAUUUUAUGUUUUUUGAGCAUACUGAAAAUAACUAAAACGUGGAAGGAUACCCUCAGGAGGCAUCUGAACAGU